AGCACAGUAAACACAUGAUUACUGUUGCCACAGACAGUUAAAAGAACAAAUAGUGAGUCUGGAAGAUGAUCUGUUAAUCAUACUGACUGGGGAACUCUGAAGGUGAAAAACUCUCAGGAAGGAGGGUUAGUAAAUGCCACAAACUUGGCGGGCUGCCAUUGGAACAAAGCAGCAGAUCCAGUCAAGACGGUCAGUCCGGUGAAGGCGGAGGACGGAUAAAUAGGUCUUCUAUAAUGAAGGAGAUGAUGGGGGGCAGCGGAACUUUGACAGUGCUCUUUUUACUGUGCCAAGUCCAGUGUCUGCCCUUUCUGGCUACAGCAGAAAUGAAGCCAUGCUGCUUAAAUGACAGAAUCAACUGCUCGAAUAAUGAGACUCCAAGAAGCAAAAAUCUAGAGAGCAGCUCUGAUACGGACCUUGAGCAGCUCCCCACUGUGGAGCUUCCACACUUGUCUGGCGGUUUGAAACGGAUGAAGAGGGAGUGGGUUAUUCCAGCAAUUAACUUUCCAGAGAAUGACAGGGGUCCAUAUCCCAAAUACAUGGUGAAGAUCAAGUCAAGCAACGAGGAAAAGGUGGCGAUAACCUACAAGAUCAGUGGACCAGGGGCUGAUCAGCCCCCUGAGGGUCUUUUCACUGUUGAUCGGCGAUCUGGGGUGCUGUAUGUGACUCAGCCACUUGACAGGGAGAAGACAGCUAAGUACAGCCUGUUGGCCCAUGCACUGAAUGAUGGCAUUAAGGCUGAGGAGCCCAUGGAGCUUAUCAUCAACAUCAUCGACCAGAAUGACAAUGCACCAAUGUUCACUCAGAACCCUUUAUAUGGUGGAGUGAGUGAAAGCGCAGAGAUUGGUGACUCCAUCAUAAAGGUAACAGCAGUGGAUAAAGAUGACCCGCAGACAAACAAUGCCAUAAUUAGGUAUAGGAUAAAGGCCCAGGUGCCUCAAAAUCCCAAAGAGGACAUGUUUGCCAUACACCCCGUGAGUGGAAUGAUCAGUGUGAUUGCAGAUGGACUGGACAGAGAGAUUCAGCCAGAGUACAAGUUGAUUAUUGAAGCUGCUGAUAUGGAGGGGGAGGGGCUGACCGCCACCUGCACUGUUAUCGUUAGCGUGACUGACAGCAAUGAUAAUGCCCCGCUAUUCACUGCCACAUUUAUAUCCACUUCAGUCCCUGAGAAUGAGGUUGGAGCGGAGGUAAUAAGACUAAAGGUCACUGACAAGGAUGAGUUGGGCUCUCCAAAUGCCAACACCAAAUACUCAAUAAUCAAAGGCAACGAGAGGGGAGACUUCAACAUCACCACAGGCUCCAACAAAAUGGAGGGAAUCCUCAGAACAGCCAAGGAUCUGGAUUUUGAGAGCAGUCCUGUCUUUACUCUGCUGGUGGUGGCGACCAACGAGGUGCCGUUUACUGGGCCCGUGUCUACCUCGACGGCCACGGUCACAGUGGCUGUCGUGGACAAGAACGAGCCUCCUGUUUUCCAUCCAGCGCAGAUCCAUGUAAGCAUCUCAGAGGAUGCAAAAGUAGGGAGUUCUGUGACUGACCUCAGAGCGAAGGACCCAGACACAGCCAGGAAACAGAGUGUUAGAUAUGAACUACACAAUGACACUUUCAGGUGGCUGAGUAUUGAUAAAGACACAGGAUCAGUCAAAGUUAAAAGCAACAUGGACAGAGAAUCACACUAUGUCAAAGACAGCAAAUACACAGUCCUAGUUUUGGCUUCCGACAAUGAUACUGUCCCAGCUACAGGGACAGGCACUCUAUUAGUGAGUUUAUUAGAUGUGAAUGACCAUCGUCCUGUGAUCAAGCAGAGGAAAGCCAGCCUAUGCAACAGCGACCCUUCUCCUGCACUGCUUGAUGUUGUGGACCUUGACGGACCAGGUCACGCUGGACCGUUUACUGUGGAGCUUCAAGGAGAGCACAGGAUCAACUGGACUAUUAGUGCCAAUUCCACAAGCAACGUGGCAGCCCUGGCCCCCAAACGGGAGUUGUCACCUGGGGAGUAUUAUGUGCUGAUGCGUAUCUAUGAUGUUGGCAUGCUCUACCAAGACAGCACACUGGAAGUAGAAGUGUGCCAAUGUCAAGGGGCCGUCUCCACCUGCUUCAUGCCCCGUUCUGCCCCUCGUCUCCUCAGUCCUUCUCUCACGACCUCAGUUCUGGGAGCAAUUUUCAGUCUCCUGUUACUGCUCCUGCUGCUGCUGUUGUUGGUGAGAUGGAGGAAGAGGAGGUCAGAGAAGGAUGGCCCUCUUCUCGGAGACCUACCCAGAGAAAAUAUCUUCUGCUACAACGAGGAGGGGGGAGGAGAAGAGGACCGGGAGUAUGACCUGAGCCAGCUCCGCAGAGGGCUUGAUGACCAUCCUGAAGUCUUCUGCACUGAAGUGUUUCCUGCUGCCCAGAACCACCCAUGCUACCGCCUACAACUCCAAGCCAAUGAAGAGAUUGGCAAAUUCCUUGAUGAUAACCUGCAUGUUGCCGACAGUGACCCCACAGCUCCUCCCUAUGACUGUCUCCUGGUGUUUGACUAUGAGGGCGUUGGCUCCGAGGCGGCUUCUCUCAGUUCCAUCAACUCCUCAGAUUCAAAUGAGGAGCAGGGCUUUCAGAGCCUUGGCCUUUGGGGGCCGCGUUUCAGCAGGCUGGCUGACCUGUACACAGGCGGGAUAGAGGAGGACGACGACACAGAAACACUGCCAGGAAAAACAGAAUGGGUCUGACGUGCCCCCAUGUAUUUAUAGAUCCUCCAAGUUUAUGUCCAUCUGCUCAAGGUCCUCCGAGUGCUGUGUGUCCUCUUUCUGCUGCCCUCUGUGGCUGUCUUCAGACUGGGUUGCAGUCUGUGACGGGAGAUGCUUGUACUCUGUUCAUGUGUCUGUAUUACCUUUCCUGGCUUGUUCAUUGCACUGGCCUGUUGCUGGAAUCUGCUGGUAAACAAUGACAUUAACAAGCUAAACUACAGUUAAUAGUUUGAUAUUUUAAAGCAUCUCUCAAGCUAUAAAUAUCAAAUGAUCCACACACGAUUGUCUGCAUGAUGUCAUAUUAUUGUUACACUUCUUUUAUGCCAAAAUCUGAUUGCACAAACAACAGUAAACUUUUUUUACUCUGGUGUUAAUGAGCAACAGCUUGACUCACUAAUUUUACUGGAAUCCUAAGUUUCAGCUUACUCAAAGCUGCUUUUCAUAAAGCUAAAAUCGGACGAUGCUUGAUGGGAUGGAGUUGGUUACUGUGCUCAUAGCACACAGCUUAGUGUAUUGGCAGACUUGUGGCGGUGCUCAUAGGGCAUUAACGUUAGACUUCAGCAUGUAUGAAGAAAUUUGUUAACAAUUAACUUAGAAUGAUGCAGUGAUACAAUUAAAAUGAGUAAAAAUGCAUUUGUGCAGAGAAUGCUACUCUCUCUUUGAUCAGCAUAUUACCUGUGGAGUUCCUCAUGGCUGGAUCAAAGGUCCUCUAAUAUUUUCAAAUUUCAUGCUCCCUCUUAAUAAUAUUAUUUGUAAUUCCAGUAUAUUUUUCUACUUCUUCAUAUGUAAAUGAGACGCUGAUCCGGACUCUCUUUGCAAUCCAAUUCUUUUUUAUCUCCUUUUAUUUGAUGCCUUUACCCUCUUAUGUUCCUCAUAACAUCUUAUUGUGUGUUUUUAACAUCCGUUUGUGGUCCCUUUUGUUUUCGUUUCAUUUUAUUUGAUUGUUAAAAACUUUUUUUUAGAGUGUGCUCAAAUUUUGCCUCACAAAUAAAAUCAUUUUUUACUUGUAA